GAGUCCUUGAUCAUUUUCAAUGUGAUUUCAAAACGCUUCUUCGAGAAGUUAGCCUGACUGGCAAUUUAUCUCAAUGACAAGAUUUAAAAAAGAUCGGCCUUACUUCCGUAUACAAGCAAUGUUAUGGAAUGCUUCAAAUGUGAAUUUCGAGUGACGCUGGGAUAUCAAGCAGACUAGAAGACCGACAGUGAUUGAAUCAAUAUUGGCAGACAGGCAUCUUAUAUACCAGGGCACGAUGCUCAAGGUGUGUGGGUUCCUUGCAAUCUACAAACCUCCAAGCGCAAAACGACCCAUUUUAAUUUCAGUCAUCUCUCUUGUCAGGGUGAUAUGCCAGGUGGAUAUCCAGCCAGCGAAGGUCCAAUGGGUGGAUCUUGUCCUAUCAUUUCCUCAUGCAUGCAUUAUGAUGAACAAACUGCUGGGCCAGAAAAAGGAAAGGCACCAUUUAGCUCUCUUGGCCCCAGUUAUGCUUAGGAACUGGUGCGAGAGAGAUCCUCCAAGGGGUUUCCCCAAUGGGAAAUGAUGCAUCAGACCUUCGCUGUCUAUGAUUUUCGUUGAAGGCUGCCUUGGCUGCUGACCUGCAAGUCUGAAACACUCACUGCGAUACAUGCAAGCCUCAGUUGAGCUAUGGCCUUGUAGUGCUCAGUGGGGGAACAAAUGACCAGAUCCCGUUUAUUACGGAUAUGCCCUGUUGCAUAUCAUAUUUCCUAAUUCAAGCUACAGGUAGAUCCGUUGCGGGGGGAUUCGAACGCAAUCAGUCCCGAGAACCCACUCGGAAAUUGGGGAUCUUUGCAAGCCUACACUCCUAUUGAGGUUUGAGAGGGAUGUUGAUGAGCUGAAAAAGUACGCGCCGGGCUUUACCUAGUCGUAUAUAGUUUCGGCUCACCGGCUUGCCAUCCCCAUGGGUCUUCAUCUAGCAUUAG